GUGCUUCCGUUCUGAGAAAGUAUAUCUCAAUCUUCUUCAACUUAAUCCUGACUAAAUCUAAUAAUCUUCACGUCGAAAACCGAAAAAGAAGACUUAAGUGGAAACACAACUCACAACAUUGUAAAAAAUGUAAACAAGGAAACUUUAUUCCAUUAUUUUGUUCAACAUUUUACUAAUUUCGGUGUUUUUUACAGCCCAAGGCAAAUGUAGCAGCCAGAUUUUAUGGCUGGUAGAUGCUUUCAAUGCGCAGAACAGUUUGGCUUUUUUAAGCGUGAGUAUGAUUGUGGAAAUUGUGGCAAAAUUUUCUGUUCAAAAUGUACAUCAAAUUCCAUAGUCAUUCCAAGCAAAGGGAAAAAGGCUGUGAAAGUUUGCAAUGACUGCCAUAAAAAAUUGAUCUCCCAAACCAGCCAAAAGGGACAGCAAACCCAACAUGGAAUUACCCAAAUCCCUUCUUCAAAGCAAACUACACAAAACCUGGAAUCCUCAACAAAACCAUUAGAUGUGGAUGGAUCAACAUUUGAUCCAGAUGAAGAUAUUCAAAGACGUUUAAAGAAACUCAAAGAACGUGAUGAUGCAAUUAGCGAGGCUGAUGUCGCUGAUGUUCAUUCAAAGUUUGAAAAUCUCACUGGUAGAGCUCCAAGUUCUGCCAAAACAAAUGAUGUACACACGUUUGGUCCAAAGAAGACAGAUGCUGAAGAGAUGUCAGAUUUAUUAAAACAAAUGCAAGAUGAAUGUAACAUUGACGACAGGGCAGGUUAUAAACCAAGUGAUGGAAACUCGGGAAUAAACACUGAAGACAUCGAAGGAAGAUUGGAUAAACUUAAAGGACGAGAACCGAGACCAAAACCGUCUGGUCCACCUACCAACGCAUAUGACAGUGACGACGAGGCAGAAUUUCGUAAAAGAUACAUUCAACAGGAGAACUACUUGAUCGAGCUGAACAUAAAAUUGCUUCAAAGGAACAUGAAAUGCCUACAGAUCCAGAUGAGCUACCUUGGUGUUGUAUUUGCAAUGAAGAUGCCUGCUUGCGUUGCCAUGGAUGUGAUGAUGAUUUGUACUGCAAACGUUGUUUCAGGGAAGGACAUGGUAGAGGAGAGUAUGAAGAUCAUACAACAUCACCCUAUAAACCAGUCCGGAAAUAGAAAUAAUAGAAAGAUUGGCAUGUUGUUCACAGCAAGCUAUCAUAUUUUUUCAACUUAUUUAACUAAUGGCUAAUUUAGUGAGCUUGCAGCAAUGCACU